UGGUUCCUCUGCGGCUCAAGCUCUCUGCUGCCAUGGGAGUGGACACGGCCGAGCAAUGGCCGCGCCGCACGCCACGCUGCCCCCGGCGACAGCAAGCCCGCCGCCGCGCCGCGGCCUCCGGCGCGAGACGGCGGAGGUGGUGCGCGACUGCAAGAGGCUGGACGGGCUCAUGAAGGCCGGCAGGCUGGCGGACGCCCUGGACCUGUUCGACCGGAUGCCGCGCAAGAACGUCGUGGCCUGGACCUCGGCCGUGUCCGGGCUGGCACGCAACGGGCGCCCCGAGGCCGCGGUCGAGAUGUUCGCGGACAUGGCGGAGUCCGGCGUCGCGCCGAACGACUUCGCGUGCAACGCGGCGCUGGCGGCGUGCGCGGCCGCGGGCGCGCUCCGCGCCGGGGAGCAGCUGCACUCGCUCGCCGUGCGUGCGGGGCUCGCCGGGGACGCGUGGGUUGGGAGCUGCCUGGUCGAGCUCUACGCGCGGUGCGGCUCCACGCGAGCGGCCGAGGCCGUGCUGGCCCGGAUGGAGUCGCCGGACGUCGUGGCGUACACCUCGCUCGUCUCGGCCUUCUGCCGGAGCGGCGAGUUCAAGCGAGCAGCGGAGGCACUCAGCCAGAUGAUGGAGCGGGGAGUGGAGCCGAACGAGCACACGGUGACGAGCAUCCUGGCGGCGGCGUGCUGCCCGCUGGUUCUCGGCGUGCAGAUACAUGGCUACAUGAUCAAGGCGAUGGGCUCGUCACAGAGCGUCUACGCGUGGAGCGCGCUGAUCGAUUUCUACUCAAGAAAUGGUGAGCUCGACAUGGCAAAGACGGUGUUCGACAGCCUCCAGUGCAAGAACGUGGUCACCUGGUGCACCAUGAUGCAGCUGCACAUCAGAGAUGGUAGGCCGGAGGAUGCACUGCAGCUGUUCGACGAAAUGAUCUCGGAGGGCAUUGUUGAUCCAAACGAGUUUGCAUUCUCGAUCGCUCUUGGUGCCUGUGAGUCCAUCGCUCUGGGGAGUCAGCUUCACUCUUUGGCCAUCAAACGUGACCUGGCGAGUGAUCUCCGGGUGUCGAAUGCCCUGCUUUCCAUGUAUGGCAGGAGCGGCCUCGUCAAAGAGCUCGAGGCCGUGCUCCGCGGCAUCGAGGAUCCAGACAUUGUCAGCUGGACAGCAGCAAUCUCUGCAUACUUCCAGAACGGCCAUGGUGAGAAGGCCAUAGCACUGCUCUCCCAGAUGCACUCACAAGGUCUCAUGCCAAACGACUAUGCCUUCUCCAGCGUGCUAAGCUCCUGCGCAGACCUGGCAUUGCUGGACCAAGGGAGUCAGUUCCAUUGCCUAGCCCUGAAGCUAGGGUGCGACAUGAAGAUCUGCACGGGGAACGCGUUGAUCAACAUGUACUCCAAGUGCGGCCAGAUCGUGCCCGCGAGGCUCGUGUUCAACGUCAUGGAUCACCGUGAUGUGACGUCCUGGAACUCGCUGAUCCACGGGUACGCGCAGCACGGUGAGGUGGACAUGGCAUUGAAGGCGUUCAGCGAGAUGUGUUCCAUUGGCGGUGAGCCCAAUGAGUCGACGCUCCUGGGAAUCCUAGCAGCUUGCAACCACGCCGGGAUGGUGGAUGAAGGUGUGGCAUUCUUCAGAUCAGCAAUGGCCGGCCGGUAUGGCGCCUUCCUGACACCCUCACACUAUGCCUGCGCGGUCGACAUGCUGGGCCGUAGUGGCAGGUUCGACGACGCCCUCUGCCUGAUCGAGGAGAUGCCUUUUGAGCCCGACGUCCUAGUGUGGAAGACGAUGUUGGCGUCAUGCAGGCUGCACGGCAACCUGGAGACGGGGAGGCUCGCCGCCGAAAAGCUCGUGGGGCUCUCAGGCCAGGACUCGGCAAGCUACGUGCUGAUGUCUGGCAUACAUGCGAUGCACGGGGAGUGGCGCGACGCCGACAUGGUGCGGCGCAGGAUGGACGAGGCUGGGGUGAAGAAGGAGGCCGGGAUCAGCUGGGUGGAGGUCAGGAACGAGGUGCACGCCUUCGUAGCCCAGGACGCGUCUCACCCGGACUCGCCGUCCAUCUACCGAAUGCUCUGGGAAUUGUCUAAUGCCAUGCGAGAUACAGCCUAUGAUGAAGAUGUUGAAUUGUUGGAUGUACAUAUGCAGAUUUAGAUGUGAAAAAAGUAGUGCAUAUCCUACUAGGUUCCUCCAUUUCUGACAAGGUAACUGAGUCUUUCUUCUUUUCCAAUUGUCACUUGCAUUACACUGUUCUUUGUAGCUACUGGUAUAAGCUUACAAAUAUGUGAAUGAUAGGUGCUGUAUGCUAUGUAGGCAUGUAGCAAUAUGAAAUUAUCAAUAGCAUAUUGUUUUCAGUCUGUAACAAUUAAAAUGUGCUGCAGAAAGUUGAUUAAAACACCUUUCAGUGUGACAUCGACAAUUGCUAUGCUUUAGUUUUAUUUACUUACCCCAUUUGGCAGUAGACUCACUAGUAAACUGGGUUUAUAACUUCCAAGGAACCAUCCUGUAUUUUGAUAUUCUUAGACUCAGGUAUGGCUGUAGCAUGGCCUUCUCAAGUACUCCAGGUGUGGCACUACACUAACUAAUCACAUGAACAGAACAGACACUUAGCUACGGGUUACACUCACAGUUUGGACUGUGACUUAAAAGAUUGCCUCGGAACGUCAACCAAAUGAGCUAAUUUCUCUAGAUAGUUGAAGUGAAUGAGGGAAGAAGCUUGUAUUCUCAGAGGAGAGAAUUUUCUUAACAAGUUCUCAAGAAGAUUGGUGAUACAUAUGAUGGAAUUGUCCGUUCAGUGUUCCACUAUGGUGUAUUGGUUCACCUGCAAUUUUCUGAUGCCACUGGCCAUACCUUUGGUCAUUUUUGUUGUAAAUAUUCCAGAGUUUGACAGCAAUGAUGCUGAAACAGCAAGUUAUUUAUCUUACUGAUCUUGUACAUAUCUCUGGGAUCUCUUGGUAUCUUGUCCAAGAUUUUGUAAAUGAAGGUGAUAGCAUCAAGAUCAAGAUCAUAUUGAUAUGGAGAAAUCAAGGAUAGCUUUACAAUCAGGCAAUUGGAGGAAGAUCCUCUACUGGAGCCGAUCCUCUACUGAAGCCAUUGGACAAAAUUAUUCCUUUGGUUGGUUGUUGAAUAAAACUGUGUCCCAGUGGUGCGUUAUCAGCUACUAUGUUCUUGUAAAAGUGGACUCAUGUAACAAUCAUGUUUUGUAGGGAACUGAUAUAUCACCUGAUGCUCAGAUCAGGUCAUUACCUACAGAAAAGAAGUUGAACUUCUUUCAAUACUUGAUGGCGUAUGUAAUGAACUUUUUACAGGAGGAAGGUAAUGGUUUGUAUUUU